AAGAGGCUGCCUGCAAGUGGGGGACGCGAAGCCAUCGCUACUACCCCAGCCACCGCCAUGGACGCCUUGCCCCACACCCCCUCCAAGGAGGCCUAUCGGGCAGCGAUGGUGCUUUCUGGUGCCGGGGACGCCCUUGGGUAUCGCAAGCAACGCUGGGAAUACUGCACUUCAGGGCCUCAGAUCCACCAGGAGCUCCAGGAAAUGGGAGGCCUUGGGAAGAUCCGUGCGGCACUUCCCGACUGGCCGGUCAGUGAUGACACUGUGCUGCACCUGGCCACAGCUGAGGCCCUGGCGACAGGAGAGGCUGGGGAGCCACUGUUCCAGGAGCUGGCCAGGCGCUAUGUUGACGCCAUGAAAGACAUGGAGGGGAGGAAACCUGGGCCCACAAGCAUUCUGGGGACGUCACAAUUGCGCCCAGGGGAGCCCGGUGGCUAUCGCAUUCCCUUCAACCCCGGAGCCACGGGCUGUGGGGCAGCCAUGCGGUCCAUGUGCAUCGGGCUUAGGUACCCUCGUCCCUCGGAUCUCAGCAACUUGGUCCAGGUCAGCAUAGAAAGUGGAAGGAUGACUCAUCACCACCCAACAGGAUAUCUGGGGGCCCUGGCCUCUGCCCUCUUCACAGCUUAUGCGGUCCAGGGCCUUCCCCUUGAGUCCUGGGGGUCAGGAUUGCUCAAGACCCUCUCUGUUGCUUUGGAGUAUGUUCAGAGAGCUGCAGCUGAAACUGAGCCCAACUUGGCAGCCUGGGGCUAUUUCCGAGAGAAAUGGGAGUGGUAUCUCUCGGAGCGUGGCCUUGCUGACGGCCACGGCCCUGCGCAUUUUCCUCCCGCCUACGGUCCUGCUGAGCGUGACGUCAUCUACAAGAGCUUCAGCCUGGACGGGUGGGCUGGGCGGAGCGGGCAUGAUGCCCCCAUGAUCGCCUACGAUGCUCUGCUGGCCGCAGGGGACAGCUGGGAGGAGCUGUGCAGCCGUGCCAUGUUCCAUGGGGGAGACAGCGACUCCACAGGGGUGAUCGCCGCAUGCUGCUGGGGCCUGGCUCACGGAUUUGGAGGGGUCCCAGAAGGAAACCACAUGGAGCUGGAGUACCGGGACAGGAUGAUCUCCGCUGCGGACAGACUCCAUCAUCUUGCUUGGGGACAGAGCUAGAGUCCCAGGCUUAUGUCUCAGAUGUCUGAGACAAGGAGAAGUGGCUGAAUCAUAAGAGUUUGAAAGCUGCUUUUGCAGAAUAAAAAAUCUGUUGGCAA